UGUGACCUGGGCUAUCCUAAUUAAACGCAUAAGCAUAAAAGCAAAACAACUCUCAAAGAAAGAUAUAAAAGAAACAAUAAUGGAUUUAGCACAGGUACUACACAUGAAUGGAGGUGUGGGAGAAGAAAGUUAUGCAAACAACUCAUUACUUCAGCGAAAGACAAUUUCUUUGACAAAACUUCUAAGAGAUGAAGCCAUAACCAACCUAUGUUGCAAAACACUUCCCAAUAGCUUGGCAAUUGCAGAUUUGGGUUGUUCUUAUGGACCAAACACUUUGUUGGUGAUCUCAGAAACUAUUAAGAAUGUGGAAAAACUUUAUCAAGAAAUGAAAUAUAAAUCUCCAGAAUAUAAAGUCUUUUUGAACGAUCUACCGGGAAACGACUUCAACAAUAUAUUUCGAUCCCUCGACACCUUCAAAGAAAAUCUACAUAAUGAAAUAGAAACUGAAAUGGGUCCAUGCUACUUCUUUGGAGCUCCCGGUUCCUUUUAUGGGAGGAUUUUUCCCGAUAAAAGUUUGCAUUUUGUCCAUUCCUCUUAUAGCCUUCAAUUUUUAUCUAAGGUUCCCGAGGGUCUAGACAACAAUAAAGGUAACAUUUACAUGUCUAGCACAAGCCCCUCAAAUGUCCUUAAGGCUUACUAUGAUCAAUAUAAAACAGAUUUCUCUUAUUUUCUCAAGUGCCGUGCCCAAGAAUUAGUUGAAGGGGGUUGUUUAUUUGUAACUUUAAUUGGAAGACAAUCUGAGGAUCCAUCAAGCAAGGAGUGUUCUUCCGUAUGGGACCUUAUGUCGAUGGCUCUUAAUGAUAUGGUUUUGCAGGGAAUUAUAAAUGAAGAAAAACUCAAAGAUUUCAACAUCCCUAUCUAUUAUCCAUCUCUAUCUGAAGUGAAGUUGGAAAUUCUCACAGAAGGAUCAUUUGUCAUCAAUCAAUUGGAGUCUUCUCAAAUAAUUUUGAAUGAACUUGAUAAUUAUGAGGAUGCUUUUGAGUUUACAUCUAAAAUUCCAGGAUCACUCAAAAAUGAUGGAUACAGUGUGGCACAAUGCAUAAGGGCAGUGGCGGAACCUUUGCUAGUUAGUCAUUUUGGCGAAGAUGUGACCAAAGAGGUUUUUAACCGCUUUCAGAAAAAUGUAACUGAUCAUAUGCCGAAAGAUAGAACUAAGGUCACCAAUAUUACCAUAGCAUUGACUAGAAUGCCAUAAUGAAUAGGAUUUUUGUGUGGGUUUUAUAUUAGUGGUUCAAAAUGAUUUUCAAAGUUUUGUGGUUGGUAGUUAAGUUGCAUUUCCCGUAGUUGUGAUAUUAUAAUGGUGGUACCCAUAUGUAGUUUUUGGUUUAUAAUAUUGACGAUGAGGAUCGAACGUAAGACCUCAUACAUAUUACCUAAAUCUCUUACCGCUAGAUCAAACUUAAUAGCUUUGUACGCGUACGUAGCUGUGAUAUUAUAAUAAAUAAAUUUUGUACUUUUUUUAUUA